GGAGCUGGCUCGGUGCCGGGCGUGGCGGGAGUGUGCAGGCAGCUACCGUGCUCUGCUUCUUCAGUAUCCCGGAGGACGGAAACUUCUGGGGGAGGCGCCCAUCGGUGCGCACCUCCCGAGGGCUCAGCGGCCCAGCGGAAAGAGAGAGAAGCGGACAGGCCCGGCGCUCGUGGGAGCGAGCGGCAGCGAGAGAGGAGGAGGAGGGGGAAGCCGGCUCCAGCGGCUUAAGUGGACCGCGCGCAGCCGCUGCAGCAGCUGCCUCCUUCAGCCGGACGGGCUCCGGGGACUGGGGCCGCGGCGCGUCGGCCCUUCGCCCGCGUCCUGGACGGCUGCGUGAGCUGGGAAGGACUGGCCUCCAGUCCCGCGUCAGGGAGCGUUGAGGCUGCACCCGCUGGGCUGCCGGGGCUACGUGGCCGGAGCCAUGGGGACCGAGUUCGGAGCUAAGCAGGCUGAGCGUGGCCGGCUGCUGCACUUGCUGCCGGGAAUCCUGUGCGCUCUGCCUGCCUGCUUGGCCCCUUCUCGCCACCCGAGAGAGGAAUAAAGGGAGAGAUUCUCUGACUGGUGCGCGGGAUCCCGAGACUCAAACCUUGUGGCAGCGCCCUGGCUCCGCGUCGGAAGGGGUGUUCUCAGCGGUAAUCCGACGGGAGGGAUCGUCCCUCGGGGACGCACGGGGAGCGUCCUCUCUCUGGACUCUCGCUGGAGUGUAGACUCCAGGAGAUUCGGGGAGGCAGCUCCGCAGGCCCUCUGAGUCUUCACCCGAGUUCCAUCAGUGCGGGCACACUCUCAAAGUCUGCCCCUUCCGGACCUGGCCAUCCCCUGGCAGAACGGGGGGAUGGCUUAGGAGCCUCCUGACCUGGCAGCCCGGCGUCGUGGGCUCCGGAACGUCGUGGCAGAGGGCAGUGGCCUGCGCCGAAAACGCCGUGGAAGAAACACUCAGUAAAGAGGUCCUGGCCAGAGCACCACUGGGACCCGGGUCUCUGAGUGCACGAUUUACCCGGAGCCUGCACUGCGCCCUCAGGAGAAGCCCCCCGCGCCCCAGGGUGCCAUGUGGGGCGGACGGUGCCCGUCCGCCUCCUCCUGGAUCGCCACUUCGCUCCUGCAGCUGCUUCUGGCCGCACUGCUGGCUGCGGGGGCGCUGGCUAGCGGCGAGUACUGCCACGGCUGGCUGGACGCGCAGGGUGUCUGGCGCGUCGGCUUCCAGUGCCCUGAGCGCUUCGACGGUGGCGACGCCACCAUCUGCUGUGGCAGCUGCACGUUGCGCUACUGCUGCUCCAGCGCGGAGGCUCGCCUUGACCAGGGCGGUUGCGACAACGACCGCCAGCAGGGCGCCAGCGAGCCCGGCCGGGCGGACAAAGACGGCUCAGACGGCUCGGCAGUCCCCAUCUACGUGCCGUUUCUCAUCGUUGGGUCCGUGUUUGUCGCCUUCAUCAUCUUGGGGUCACUCGUGGCCGCCUGUUGCUGCAGAUGCCUCCGGCCCAAGCAGGAGCCCCAGCAGAGCCGGGCCCCCGGGGGAAACCGCUUGAUGGAGACCAUCCCCAUGAUCCCCAGCGCCAGCACGUCCCGGGGGUCGUCCUCCCGCCAGUCCAGCACAGCUGCCAGCUCCAGCUCCAGCGCCAACUCUGGAGCCCGGGCACCCCCAACGAGGUCACAGACCAACUGUUGCUUGCCCGAGGGGACCAUGAACAAUGUGUAUGUCAACAUGCCCACGAAUUUCUCUGUGCUGAACUGUCAGCAAGCCACCCAAAUUGUACCCCAUCAAGGGCAGUACCUGCACCCCCCAUAUGUGGGGUACACGGUGCAGCACGACUCGGUGCCCAUGACUCCUGUGCCGCCUUUCAUGGAUGGCCUGCAGACGGGCUACAGGCAGAUCCAGGCCCCCUUCCCUCACACUAACAGUGAACAGAAGAUGUACCCAGCCGUGACCGUGUGACUCAAGGUGCCAGCUGGGUUCCGUGAUGAGACCCAGGACAGCAGGGAAGCUGUGCACUGGCAAGGAUUCUCAGAGUGGAGGUCUGUCACGGCGGUGGUGUUUGGGGCGCAGUCCUUCCAAGGAGCUUCAUUUGGCCCAAACUCUGUGAAAGUGGCUCCCUCCGAAUGGGCUUUUUUGGACAUGAUUCAUCCCAGUGCAUGACUGAGUUAUGGUGGCACAGGGCGUCACCUGGAGAUGCCCGUGUUGUUACUGAUGGUUGUAUGACAAAUGCUUGAGCCCUUAAGUGCCCUUGGGGUAUGUAUGGCUGUCAAAAGAGUUUUGUAAACAGAUAGAUUAAGGGUUUUUAUUAUGUUCUUGUUAUUAUUAUUUCUUUUCUGUUUUUUAACUGUACCAGGUCAGAAUACCUGUCCCUCCCCUUUUCCCAGGGUAAGUUUUAUAUAAGCAUCCAAGGUUUAGGGGAAGGUGUUGAAAACACUAUUAUAAAGGAAAACCUGAUUCGAACUCUGUGAGAUUAGUCACUGAUCUCAGUAUGUCACAGGCGGUCUAAUUUCAUUGUAAAAAGAUAUAUAUAUUGUCUAUUUUUGUGCUUUUUGUCUAAUUUGUGCUUUUUUUUAAACCUCGUGUAGAGAUCUUAUUACAAAGUGAUUUUUCUACCUUAAAGAGAUCCCGAAAGAAAUUGCAUAGUUACUUAACCAGUGACAUUUCAGAACUCCGGGGUUUUAAUCUUGAAGUAAGUGGGUGGUGCAGUAACAGAGCCAUUCAUCCCUUUCUUGAUUGUACCAUCCAAUUUCCCAACUUUACAGUGACAUCUGAGAAGUCAUUAGGUGUUUUUACUAUUGAAAUCAUAAACUGUCAGCCUGCCACUUCUCCAGGUUACGUGUGGCUUGGCAUUUCUUUCUGUCUGGUUUUCAGAUCCCCACGGCGGCAUCGGACCGAGUACAGGCCAUUACUGUUCUUAUAACCGGAGAUGGGCAUUUCUGCCUGGAUCUGAUCGAACACUUUCUUGUUUUCCCUAUACAUAUCAAAGAAAUGCUUUAUAAAGGUUGAGGAGAGCUUCUCAGCCAUAAUCCGAGACUUAGGAUGAAAUUUAAACCACAAAUAUAAUUUACUUUGCAAAUCAUAGGCUUUUUAUACUCUCGUUAUCAAAAUGGUUUAUUUUUCAGGCAGUAGGGACUAUUAAAUGAAGAGAAAAGCUCUCCAAAGAGAUAUUGCCUUUCUCUCUCCGCAAAAUCAGUUCUUGUUUUUCUCUCUCUUUUAGCCCUCGGCAAGCACUGGAUUCAUUUCCCAGUGUUCUGAAUGACAAAAUUCAAGUGAAUUUGUGUAUUGUUUACCUGUAAGAAAUAAGUUUCAGUGUGUGCAAGUAAAUUUCUAACUGCUAGCAAAACCAAGAUUUGUAUUUAAACCAUUAUAAGGUUGGUGUUUUACAUAUUUAUGUCAAUAUCUGUAUCUCUCUUAUCUACUCUACCUACCACCCAUCUAUCUACCCAUCUAUCUAUUUGUCAUCUGUCUCAUGACUGAAUAAUGUAAAGUCAUUGUUGGCAAUUGGUAUCAACAGGGAUAAUCAAACUUUUUUAAUAACCAAAGG